CUUAUAGAGUGAGUUUAUGUAGGGAGUAAGGAAAGAUUUGGGAUUGAGCCAGACCCAAACGCGAAGCUAGGCGCACGGUGGUACUGCUUGCUCGCGUAAGCAGAUAGCGAGUGGAAGUGAGAAGAUGUCAGCCGUGCCUGACGGCAAAAAGCUGGUGCGAAGCCCGAGCGGACUGCGCAUGGUACCGGAGAACGGAGCGUUCAGCAGCCCGUUUUCGUUAGCCGAGCCCCAGUGGGUUCCGGAUAAAGAGUGUCCUAGAUGCAUGCAGUGUGACACCAAAUUUGACUUCAUCACCAGAAAGCACCACUGUCGAAGAUGUGGCCGGUGUUUCUGCGAUAAAUGCUGCAGUAAGAAGGUGGCCUUGCCCAGGAUGUGCUUCGUAGAUCCGGUCAGGCAGUGCGGCGAAUGCGGCCUCGUCUCACAGAAAGAACUUGACUUCUAUGACAAACAGCUCAAAGUGCUCACCGCAGGAGGCACAUUCCUGGUCACAGUAGGCUUCUCGGAAAAAUCAGAGACCAUGGUGUGCCGGCUUUCAAAUAAUCACAGAUAUCUGUUCCUGGAUGGAGAAAGCCAUUUUGAGGUGGAGUUGUCUCGGAUCUCCACCAUGCAAGUGCUGACAGAGACAGAGGGCUCGACCCCUGGAGAGAAAGAUAUUCACACUUACACCACUCUCCUGGACAGUCAUUAUAUAUCCGAAGGAGGCAUGUCCCGUGCCACAGGAAUGCUGCUGCACUAUAAGCCCCCGGGCUCGCAGGACUCUCAGCAGCUCCGCAUGGAGGCGGCCGACGACAAAAAGAGCGCCUCCUCCUGGCUCGCCGCCAUGCACAAGGCUGCCAAACUUCUGUAUGAGUCAAGGGACCAGUAAACUAACUGAUGUCAAGGCACAGCGCUGAAGAGGAACAGGAGGAGUGUUCAAACCAAGAGAGAAUGAUGCGUGUUUGUUAGAAACUCGCGUGUGCUCCACUACGCCUACUCGCUUUCUAUCGGACCUCUGCUUUCCGUUUCCCGUCUGGAUGGACCGGAUUGGUCACAUGACUCGUCCGUCACUCCAAUAGGGUGGACCAAGUUAACCAUUGAUUCUAGUACAAUGUGUAUAUAUGUGUAUAUAUAAUCUAUAUAUACAUAUACACACAUAGAUGAGAUAUAUAUAUGCACAUGAUCUACAGUGAAUACGUUCAAAUCGGGUCUCGCGUAUGAUUUAUUAUUUUUUUUCCCUUUCUUAGCUUUACAAGUCAAAUAGUCCUAUUUUAACACACUCUGUAUGUAUUACUCUGUAUGUAUGAGUGUGUGUAUAUAUAUCUACUUUUUACUGCCAGUAUAUUCACUUGUAUCACUUUGUAACUGUGCCUCCAAAUCACCUGUACACACUACAACGAGCAGUUCAUAGGAUUAUCAAGUAAGUUUGACCAUUUCUGCUUUUUUUUUUAACCAAGUCUCCAUAUCUCGCUAUUCUCCACGGGCUCUAUAUGAAGUUUGUCGUGACACUACAGUUCAGCCCCGGUAAAUGCAAACGAAGCUGACUUUCCAAGUAAAUAUUAUUAGUGCUCGUAUGAAAUCUCCAGACAAGGCUUCCUCAUGAAUCCAUGCCAGUAUUCUCCCUUGAAAAACUUUUUCUUUUUUUUUUUUUUUUGGUAAUGAAAAUGUGUUGUAAUACAAAUUUGUUUACAAAUGUGUGCAUGGUGUGCAUAUAUUAUAAUUUUUUUUCUUAUUUACUGAUUAAAUCAGUUAUUUGUAACCUGUA